AUGAAGGUUAUGUGUGUAGCAUGUGAUAAGAUUCUUUUUCAAAAAAUAUCUGUUUUUCAUGAUGCAGGAGCUUAUGGUUCAAGAAGUGCUGGAAUUAAUGAUGCAAGAAGUGCAGGAACGUCUGGUACAGGAGCCUAUGAUGUAAGAGGUGCAAAUGGCUAUCGUGUAAGAGGUGCCAGUGGUUAUGGUAAUGGAGAUGCAGAGAGCUAUGAUACUGGAGAUGCAGAUGGCUACGGUACUGGUGGUGGCGGUGGUUAUGAAGCAGGUGGUUAUAGCGCAGGAGACUUUGCAGGUGGCUAUGGGGAGGCUGGAAGUAAAGGUGCAGAUAGUUAUGGUGCUAGAGGUGCCAAUGCUUACCAUGCUGGAAAUCUUGCAGGUGGAUAUGAUAUGGGAGAUGUAGAUGGCUAUGAUAUAGAAGAUGCAGGUGGCUAUGCAACAGGAGAUGCAGGUGGUUAUGGUACAUUAAGAAGGGCUAGUCAAGGUCGAUACGGUUCUGGAGCAAGUGCAAGAACGUUUGGAUCAAAAGUGUUGACUGGAGGACAUGCUGCUGCUGGAGGAUAUGGCACAGGACAAGGUCGAGGGCAAGACAGAAGUAUAGUAGGUGGCUCAUAUGGGUUUCGUUACGGAAUCGCCAAUCAAGAAGUAAAUAAUGACUCAACGGAAAAAAAUAAUGAAUAUCGUGAACCUAAUUUUAACGAACCCGAAGGACCAGGUAAAUUUCCCUUAGGAGAAGGACUAGUAAAUCAUGGUUGGUUAGGUGCAGGGAAAUAUGACACAGGAUAUGGUACAGGCAUGGGCAAUGGCGGACAAGGUUGGGUAGGUCCUGGCAAAUAUGGAACAGGAUAUGGCACAAGCAUGGGUAGUAGUGGACAUGGUUCGUUAGCUGCUGGAGGAUUCAGUAAAGCAUAUGGUGGAGGGUAUGGCAGUGUACCUCGUGGGACACAUAGCAUUGGACCUGGAGGAACGCAUGGUGGUGGACCUGGUGGAGCAUAUGGUGGUGUACCUAAUGGAGCUGAUGGAGGUGAACCUAGUGGAGCAGAUAGCGGGGUAUUUGGUGGGGCACAUGGCAUUGUAUCUGGUAGAGCAUAUGGCGUUGGACUAGGUGGAUCAUAUGGCGAUAGACCUGGAGGGUCAUAUGGUGGUGGACCUGGAAGAGCAUACAGCGGUGGACCUCGAGGAACAUAUGGGAGUGGACCAGGUGGAUCAUAUGGUGGCUUAUCUGGUGGAACAUAUGGUGGUUUAUCUGGUGGAGCAUAUGGUGGUAAGACUGGUAAAUCAUAUGGUGGUGGACCAGGAGGAGCGUAUAUCCAAGUUUCAGGAAAGAUAUCUGGUGGAGCAUAUGGCGCUGUAUCUAGAGGCUCAUAUAGCGGUGGAACAUAUGGCAUUGAAUUGGGUGGGCCUGAAGGUGGCAAUGUACCUGGUGGACCUGGAGUAUCGUAUGGUGUUGGACCUGCUGGAGCAUAUGGUGCUGGACCUGGUGGAGCAUACGGCGUUGGACCUGGUGGGCCUGGUAUAGGCGGAGUACCUGGUGUACCUGGAUUAUCAUAUGGUGGUGGACCUGGGGGGUCAUAUGGUGCUAGACAUGGUGGAGGAUAUGGUGGUGGACGUAAUGGAGGUGGAUCAGGUGGAGCAUAUGGCGGUGGUCCUGCUGGAGCAUACGGCAGUGGUCCUGCUGGAGCAUACGGCACUGGACUUGCUGGAAUAUAUGGUGGUAAACCUGGUGGAGCGUAUGGCACUGCACUGGCGGGAACAUAUGGUGGAAGAUUUGGUGGGACUUUUGGUGGUGUACAUGGUGGAGCAUCUGGUGGUGGAUCUGCCGGAGCAUAUGGAGCUGGAGCUGGUGGAUGGCAUGGCGUUGGACCUGGAGGAUCUAGAGGAUCAUAUGGUGGUGCAUCUAUAGGGUCAUAUAGUGCAGGACCUGUAGGAGCAUAUGGUGGUGGACCUAAUGGAGGUGGACCAGGUGGAGCAUAUAGCGCUAAUCCAGCUGGAGCAUACGCCACAGGACUUGCUGGAGAAUAUGGUGGAGGAUUUGGUGGGACUUAUGGCGUUGGAUCUGGUGGUGGUGGGGUACCUGGUGGGCCAGGAGGAAUACAUGGCAGUGGAUUUGCUGGAGCAUAUGGCGUUGACUCUGGUGGAGCAUACGGCGCUGGACCUGGUGGAGCAUACGGCGUUGGACCUGGUGUGCCUGGUGGUAACGGUGUACCUGGUGUACCUGGAAGAUCACAUGGUGAUGGACCUAGUGGAGCAUAUGGAGGUGGAGCUAGUGGAGUUGGACCUAGAGGGGCAUAUGCUGGAGGAAUUGGUGGAGCAUAUGGCGGUGGACCUGCUGGAUCCUAUGGCGCAGGACCAGGUGGUGGAGGUGGAACAAUUGGACCUGGAGGGUCAUAUGGUGGUGGAUCUGGUGGAGCAUAUGGCGGUGGUCGUGCUGAUGCAUAUGGCACGGGACUUGGUGGAACAUAUGGAGGAGGAUUUGGUAGGGCUUUCGGCGUUUUACCUAUUGGAGCAUAUGGCGAUGGACAUGGUGGUGGCGGUGUACCUGGUGGGCCAGGAGCAAUAUAUGGUGGUGGAUCUUCUGGAGCAUAUGGCGUUGGACCUGGUGGAGCAUAUGGCGGUGCUCCUGGUGGAGCAUAUGGAGUUGGACCUAAUGGAGGUGGACCAGGAGGAGCAUAUGGUCAUGGUCCUACUAAAGCAUACAGCAAUGGACUUACUGGAGCAUAUGGUGGAGGAUUUGGUGGGGCGUUUGGCAUUUUACCUGGUGGUGGAGCAAAUGAUGGAGCAUAUGGUGGUAAACCUAGAGGGUCAUAUGGUGGUGGAACUAAUGGAGUUGGACCUGGAGGAGCACUUGCAGGGGGAAUUGGUGGUUCAUAUGGCGCAAGACCUGAUUCAGCAUAUGGCCGUGGACCAGGAGGAGCAUAUGGCGGUGGACCUGCUGGAGCCUAUGGCUCAGGACCUGGUGGUGCACAUGGCGAUGGACCUGGAGGAGGAACAAUUAGACCUGGAGGGUCAUAUGGUGGUGGAUCUGGUGGAGCAUAUGGCGGUGGACGUAAUGGAGCUAUUGGAGAUGGACCAGGAGCAGCACAUGGCGGUGAUCGUGCUGGUGCAUAUGGCACUGGAUUCGCUCGAACAUAUGGUGGGACUUUUAGCGUUGUAUCUGGAGGCUCAUAUGGCAGUGGAACAUAUGGCGUUGAAUCUGGUGGGUCUGGUACUGGUGGUGUACCUGGCGGACAAGGAGGAUCAUAUGGUGUUGGACCUGGUGGAGCAUAUGGGGUUGGACCUGGUGGGCCUGGUGGUGGCCGUGUACCUGGUGGACCUGGAGGAUCAUAUGGUGGUGAGCCUGGAGGGUCAUAUGGUGCUGGACCUGGUGGAGCAUAUGUUGGUGGACCUAAUGGAGGUGGACCAGGUGGAGCAUAUGGCGGUGGUCCUGCUGGAGCAUACGGCACUGGACUUGUUGGAGCAUAUGGUGGAGGAUUUGGAGGGGCUUUUGGCGUUUUACCUGGUGGAGCAUAUGGUGUUGGACCUGAUGGUGGCGGUGUACCUGGUGGGCCAGGAGGAAUAUAUGACGGUGGAUCUGCUGGAGCAUAUGACGUUGGACCUGGUGGAAAAUAUGGCUUUGGACCUGGUGGAGCAUACGGCGUUGGACCAGGUGGGCCUGGUGGUGGCGGUAUACCUGCUGGACCUGGAGGAUCAUAUGGUGGUGGACCUGCAGGAGCAUAUGGAGGUGGACCUAAUGGCGCUGGAUCUGGUGGGCAUGGUGGUGGCGGUAUACAUGGUGGACCAGGAGGAUCAUAUGGUGGCGGAUCCGGUGGAGCAUAUGGUGGUGGAUUUAAUGGAGUUGGAUCUGGAGCAGCACAUUCCGGAGGAAUUGGAGGUUCAUAUGGUGUAAGACCUGAUUCAGCAUAUGGCGAUGGAUCUGGUGGAGCAUAUGGAGGUGGACCUGGUGGGUCUGGUGGUGGUGGUGUACUUGGUGGGCCAGGAGGAAUAUAUGGCGGUGGAUCUGCGGGAGCAUAUGAUGUUGAACCUGGUGGAGCAUAUGGCGCCGGACCUGGUGGACCUGGAGGAUCAUAUGGUUUUGGAAUUGGAGGGUCAUAUGGUGGUAGAGCUAAUGGAGGAGGACCUGGACCAGCUCCAUAUCACGCUGGACCUGGAGGGCCUGGUGCUUUCGGGGUACCUGGUGAACCUGGUGGACCUGGAAGAUCAUACGGUGGAGGACCUGGUGGAGCAUAUACCGGUGGACUUAAAGGCGCUGGACUUGGUGGAGCAUACGGCAUUGGACCUGGAGGGCCUGGUGCAGGCGGUGUACCUGGUGGACUUGGAGGAUCAUAUGGUGGUGGACCUGGUGGAGCAUAUGGUGGUGGAGCUAAUGGAGUUCGACCUGGAGAAGCACAUGCCGGAGGAAUUGGUGGUUCAUAUGGUGGAGGAUUUGGUGGGGCUUUUAGCGUUGUAUCUGGAGGCUCAUUUGGCAGUGGAACAUAUGGCGUUGAAUCUGGUGGAUCUGGUGCUGGCGGUGCACCUGGUGGACCCAGAAGAUCAUAUGGCGCUGGAACAGGUGGAGCAUAUGGUGGUGGAUCUAAUGGAGGCGGAUCAGGCAGUGUCGGUGUUCCUGGAGGGCCAGGAGGAAUAUAUGGCAGUGGACCUGGUGAAGCACACGGCGUUGGAACUGGUGGGCCUGGUGGUGGCGGUGUACAUGGUGGACCAGGAGGAUUAUAUGGUGGAGGAAGUGGCGGACCAUAUGGAGGUGGACCUAAUGGCGCUGGACCUGGUGGAGCAUACGGCGUUGGACCUGGUGGAGCAUAUGGCGCCGGACCUGGAGGAUUAUAUGGUGGUGGACCUGGUGGAGCAUAUGGUGGUGGAGUUAAUGGAGUUGGACCUGGAGGAGCACAUGCCGGAGGAAUUGGUGGUUCAUAUGGUGCAAGACCUGAUUCAGCGUAUGGCGGUGGACCAGGAGGAGCAUACGGCGGUGGACCAGGAGGAGCAUAUGGCGGUGGACCAGGAGGAGCAUAUGGCGGUGGACCAGGAGGAGCAUAUGGCGGUGGACCAGGAGGAGCAUAUGGCGGUGGACCAGCAGGAGCCUAUGGUGCAGGACCUGGUGGAGCAUACGGCGACGGAUCUGGUGGUGGAGGUGGAACAAUUGGACCAGGAGGGUCAUAUGCUGGUGGAUCUGGUGGAGCAUAUGGCGGUGGACCUGGUGGACCUGGAGGAUUAUAUGGUGGUGGACCUGGUGGAGCAUAUGGAGGUGGACCUAAUGGCGAUGGUCCUGCUGGAGCAUACGGCACUGGACUUGCUGGAAUAUAUGGUGGAGGAUUUGGUGGGUCUUUUAGCGUUGUUCCUAAUGAAGCACAUGGUGGUGGACCUGGUGGAGCAUUUGGAAGACUGGGAGGGUCAUAUGGUGGUGAACCUGGAGGGUCAUAUGGUGGUGGACAUGGAGGGUCAUAUGGUGGAGGAGCUAAUGGAGGUGGACCAGGAGGACUUGGUGGAGCCUAUGGCACUGGACCUGGAGGGCCUGGUGCUGGCAGUGUACCUGGUGUACCUGGUGGAUCAUAUGGUGGAGGACCUUUUGGAGCAUAUGGUGGUGGACCUACUGGAGGUGGACCAGGUGGAACAUAUGGGGGUGGACCUGGAGGGUCACAUGGUGGUGGACCUGGUGGAGCAUAUGGUGGAAGACCGGGAGGGUCACAUGGUGGUGAACCUGGAGGAUCAUAUGGUGGAGGACCUUUCGGAGCAUAUGGUGGUGGACCAGGUGGAGCAUAUAGGGGUGGACCUAAUGAAGGUGGACCAGGUGGAGCAUAUGGCAAUGGACCUGGUGGUGGUGGUGGUGUUUCUGGUGGGCCAGGAGGAUCAUAUGUUGGUGGAACUAGUGGAGCAUAUGGCGCCGGACCUGGUGGACCUGGAGGAUCAUAUGGUGGUGGAACCAGUGGAGCAUAUGGUGGUGGAACUAAUGGAGGUGCACCAGGUGGAGCAUAUGGCGAUGGACCUGGUGGUGGCGGUAUACCUGGUGUACUUGAAGGAUCACUUGGUGGUGGAUCUGGUGGUGCAUAUGGUGGUGGAGCUAAUGGAGUUGGACCUGGAGGAGCACAUGCCGGAGGAAUUGGUGGUUCAUAUGGUGAAGGAUAUGGUGGGGCUUUUAGUGUUGUAUCUGGAGUCUCAUUUGGCAGUAGAACAUAUGGCGUUGAAUCUGGUGGAUCUGGUGCUGGCGGUGUACCUGGUGGACCCGGAAGAUCAUAUGGUGCUGGACCAGGUGGAGCAUAUGGUGGUGGACCUAAUGGAGGUGGACCAGGCAGUGGAGGUGUUCCUGGUGGGCCAGGAGGAAUAUAUGGCAGUGGACCUGGUGGUGCAUACGGCAUUGGAACUGGCGGGCCUGGUGGUAUUGGUGUACUUGGUGGACCAGGAAGAUCAUAUGGUGGUGGAAGUGGCGGACCAUAUGGAGGUGGACCUAAUGGGGCUGGACCUGGUGGAGCAUACGGCGUUGGACCUGGUGGAGCAUAUGGCGCCGGACCUGGAGGAUUAUAUGGUGGUGGACCUGGUGGAGCAUAUGGUGGUGGAGUUAAUGGAGUUGGACCUGGAGGAGCACAUGCCGGAGGAAUUGGUGGUUCAUAUGGUGCAAGACCUGAUUCAGCGUAUGGCGGUGGACCAGGAGGAGCAUACGGUGGUGGACCAGGAGGAGCAUACGGCGGUGGACCAGGAGGAGCAUAUGGCGGUGGACCUGCUGGAGCCUAUGGUUCAGGACCUGGUGGAGCAUACGGCGACGGAUCUGGUGGUGGAGGUGGAACAAUUGGACCAGGAGGGUCAUAUGCUGGUGGAUCUGGUGGAGCAUAUGGCGGUGGACCUGGUGGACCUGGAGGAUUAUAUGGUGGUGGACCUGGUGGAGCAUAUGGAGGUGGACCUAAUGGCGAUGGUCCUGCUGGAGCAUACGGCACUGGACUUGCUGGAAUAUAUGGUGGAGGAUUUGGUGGGUCUUUUAGCGUUGUUCCUAAUGAAGCACAUGGUGGUGGACCUGGUGGAGCAUUUGGAAGACCGGGAGGGUCAUAUGGUGGUGAACCUGGAGGGUCAUAUGGUGGUGGACAUGGAGGGUCAUAUGGUGGAGGAGCUAAUGGAGGUGGACCAGGAGGACUUGGUGGAGCCUAUGGCACUGGACCUGGAGGGCCUGGUGCUGGCAGUGUACCUGGUGUACCUGGUGGAUCAUAUGGUGGAGGACCUUUUGGAGCAUAUGGUGGUGGACCUACUGGAGGUGGACCAGGUGGAACAUAUGGGGGUGGACCUGGAGGGUCACAUGGUGGUGGACCUGGUGGAGCAUAUGGUGGAAGACCGGAAGGGUCAUAUGGUGGUGAACCUGGAGGAUCAUAUGGUGGAGGACCUUUCGGAGCAUAUGGUGGUGGACCAGGUGGAGCAUAUGGGGGUGGACCUAAUGAAGGUGGACCAGGUGGAGCAUAUGGCGAUGGACCUGGUGGUGGCAGUGUUUCUGGUGGCCCAGGAGGAUCAUAUGUUGGUGGAACUAGUGGAGCAUAUGGCGCCGGACCUGGUGGACCUGGAGGAUCAUAUGGUGGUGGAUCCAGUGGAGCAUAUGGAGGUGGACCUAAUGGAGGUGCACCAGGUGGAGCAUAUGGCGAUGGACCUGGUGGUGGCGGUAUACCUGGUGUACUUGGAGGAUCACUUGGUGGUGGACCUGGUGGUGCAUAUGGUGGUGGAGCUAAUGGAGUUGGACCUGGAGGAGCACAUGCCGGAGGAAUUGGUGGUUCAUAUGGUGGAGGAUAUGGUGGGGCUUUUAGCGUUGUAUCUGGAGUCUCAUUUGGCAGUAGAACCUAUGGCGUUGAAUCUGGUGGAUCUGGCGCUGGUGGUGUACCUGGUGGACCCGGAAGAUCAUAUGGCGCUGGACCAGGUGGAGCAUAUGGUGGUGAACCUAAUGGAGGUGGACCAGGCAGUGGCGGUGUUCCUGGUGGGCCAGGAGGAAUAUAUGGCAGUGGUCCUGGUGGUGCAUACGGCUUUGAAACUGGCGGGCCUGGUGGUAUUGGUGUACUUGGUGGACCAGGAAGAUCAUAUGGUGGUGGAAGUGGCGGACCAUAUGGAGGUGGACCUAAUGGGGCUGGACCUGGUGGAGCAUACGGCGUUGGACCUGGUGGAGCAUAUGGCGCCGGACUUGGAGGAUUAUAUGGUGGUGGACCUGGUGGAGCAUAUGGUGGUGGAGUUAAUGGAGUUGGACCUGGAGGAGCACAUGCCGGAGGAAUUGGUGGUUCAUAUGGCACAAGACCUGAUUCAGCGUAUGGCGGUGGACCAGGAGGAGCAUACGGCGGUGGACCUGGAGGAGCAUACGGCGGUGGACUAGGAGGAGCAUAUGGCGGUGGACCUGCUGGAGCCUAUGGUGCAGGACAUGGUGGAGCAUACGGCGACGGAUCUGGUGGUGGAGGUGGAACAAUUGGACCAGGAGGGUCAUAUGCUGGUGGAGCAUAUGGCGGUGGACCUGGUGGAACUGGAGGAUUAUAUGGUGGUGGACCUGGUGGAGCAUAUGGAGGUGGACCUAAUGGCUAUGGUCCUGCUGGAGCAUACGGCACUGGACUUGCUGGAAUAUAUGGUGGAGGAUUUGGUGGGUCUUUUAGCGUUGUUCCUAAUGAAGCACAUGGUGGUGGACCUGGUGGAGCAUUUGGAAGACCGGGAGGGUCAUAUGGUGGUGAACCUGGAGGGUCAUAUGGUGGUGGACAUGGAGGGUCAUAUGGUGGAGGAGCUAAUGGAGGUGGACCAGGAGGACUUGGUGGAGCCUAUGGCACUGGACCUGGAGGGCCUGGUGCUGGCGGUGUACCUGGUGGACCUGGAGGAUCAUAUGGUGGAGGACCUUCUGGAGCAUAUGGUGGUGGACCUACUAGAGGUGGACCAGGUGGAACAUAUGGGGGUGGACCUGGAGGGUCACAUGGUGGUGGACCUGGUGGAGCAUAUGGUGGAAGACCGGAAGGGUCAUAUGGUGGUGAACCUGGAGGAUCAUAUGGUGGAGGACCUUUCGGAGCAUAUGGUGGUGGACCAGGUGGAGCAUAUGGGGGUGGACCUAAUGAAGGUGGACCAGGUGGAGCAUAUGGCGAUGGACCUGGUGGUGGCAGUGUUUCUGGUGGCCCAGGAGGAUCAUAUGUUGGUGGAACUAGUGGAGCAUAUGGCGCCGGACCUGGUGGACCUGGAGGAUCAUAUGGUGGUGGAUCCAGUGGAGCAUAUGGAGGUGGACCUAAUGGAGGUGCACCAGGUGGAGCAUAUGGCGAUGGACCUGGCGGUGGCGGUAUACCUGGUGUACUUGGAGGAUCACUUGGUGGUGGACCUGGUGGUGCAUAUGGUGGUGGAGCUAAUGGAGUUGGACCUGGAGGAGCACAUGCCGGAGGAAUUGGUGGUUCAUAUGGUGGAGGAUAUGGUGGGGCUUUUAGCGUUGUAUCUGGAGUCUCAUUUGGCAGUAGAACAUAUGGCGUUGAAUCUGGUGGAUCUGGUGCUGGCGGUGUACCUGGUGGACCUGGAGGAUCGUAUGAUGGAAGACCUUUUGGAGCAUAUGGUGGUGGACCUAAUGGUGGUGGACCUGGAGGGUCACAUAGUGGUGGACCUGGAGGAGCAUAUGGUGGUAGACCUAAUGGAGGUGGACCAGGUAGAGCAUAUGGCGAUGGUCCUGCUGGAGCAUACGGCACUAGACUUGUUGAAACAUAUGGGGGAGGAUUUGGUGGGGCUUUUGGCGUUGUUCCUGGUGGAGCAUAUGGUGGUGGACCUGGAGGGUCAUAUGGUGGUGGAACUGGAGGGUCAUAUGGUGGUGGAGCAUAUGAAGUUGGACCUGGUGGAGCAAAUGGCGGUGGUCCUGCUGGAGCAUACGGCACUGGACUUGCUGGAACAUAUGGUGGAGGAUUUAGUGGGGCUUUCGGCGUUGUACCUGGCGUUGGAUCUGGUGGAACAUACGGCGUUGGACCUGGUGGACCUGGUGGUGGCGGUGUACCUGGUGGACCCGGAGGAUCAUAUGGUGCCCGACCUGGUGGAACAUAUGGCGGUGGUACUGGUGGAGCAUAUGGUGGUGGACCUAGAGGGCCACAUGGUGGUGGACCUAAUGGAGCUGGACCUGGAGGAGCACAUGGGAAGGGAAUUGGAGGCUCUUAUGGUGAAAGAACUGAUUCCACAUAUGGCGGUGGACCAGGAAGAGCAUAUGGCGGUGGACCUGCUGGAGCCUAUGGCACUGGACUUGGUGGAGCAUACGGCGUUGGACCUGAUGGGGGAGGUAGACCUGGAGGAUCAUAUGGUGGAGCUAAUGGAGUUGGACCUGGAGGAGCACAUGGCAAGGGUAUUGGUGGUUCAUAUGGUGAAAAACCUGAUCCAGCAUAUGGCGGUGGACCAGGAGGAGCAUAUGGUGGUGGACCUGCCGGAGCCUAUGGCACUGGACCUGGCUUUGGACCUGGUGGAUUUGGAGGGUCAUUUGGUGGUGGACGUAAUGGGGCUAUUGGAGAUGGACCAGGUGGAGCAUAUGGCGGUGGCACUUCUGGAGCAUACGACACUGGACUUGCUGGAACAUAUGGUGGAGAAUUUGGUGGGUCUUUUGGCGUUGUAUCUGGUGGAGCAUAUGGUGGUGGACAUGGAGGGUCAUAUGGUGGAGGAGCUAAUGGAGGUGGACCGGGAGGACUUGGUGGAGCCUAUGGCACUGGACCUGGAAGGCCUGGUGCUGGCGGUGUACCUGGUGGACCUGUAGGAUCAUUUGGUGGAGGACCUUUUGGAGCAUAUGGGGGUGGACCUACUGGCGGAGGACCAGGUGGAACAUAUGGGGAUGGACCUGGAGGGUCACAUGGUGGUGGACCUGGAGGGCCAUAUAAUGGUGGACCUGGCAGGUCAUAUGGGGGAGCUAAUAGAAUUGGACCUGGAGGAGCACAUGGCAGGGGAAUUGGUGGUUCAUAUGGUGAAAGCCCUGGUUCAGCAUUUGACGGUGGACAAGGAGGAGCGUAUGGCGGUGGACCUGGUGGAGCAUAUGUUGGUGUACCUGGUGGAGCGUAUGAAAGUGGACACGGAACAUAUGGUGGGGCGUUUGGGGUUGCUUCUGGUGACGCAUACAGCCUAGGAACAUAUGGCGUUGGACCUGGAAGAACACAUGGUGGUAGACCUGGUGAAGCAUAUGGUGGUAGACCUGGUGGAACAUAUGGUGCUGGAUCUGGUGGGGCUUUUGGCGUUGUAUCUGAUGGCUCAUAUGGUGUUGGACCAAGUGGAACAUACGGUGGUUUACCUGGAGGAAUGUAUGGUGGUGGAUCUGGUGGAAUAUAUGGUACUGGACCAGAGGGAGCAUAUGACGUUGGUUCUAAUGGAGCAUAUAUCGGUGUGCCAGGUGGAGCAUAUGACGUUGGAGCUUAUGGUGAUGGAACAUUUGGAGCAUAUGGUGGGGAACCAAGUGGAGCAUAUGCUGAGGAUUCUGGAAGUAUAUUUUCUGCAGUAUCGGAGAUUGGAGGAGGAUUCGGAGAUGGGUAUGGAGGAGAAUUUGGUGGGGCAUAUGGCGAGGAAAUGGUUGAAGCAUAUGGGUUUGGACGAGGUGGACCAUAUAGUGGUGGAUUUAGUGGGGCGUAUGGUGAUGGAUCUGGCGGAGGAUAUGAUGGUAGAACUGGUGGAUUAUAUGGUGAUGCAUCUGGGGACGAAUAUGGUGGAGGAUUCGGAGUUGGAUUUGGAGAAGGAUAUUCUGGCGUAUUUGGGGUUGUAUCAGGAAGAGGAGAAUAUGGCGGAGGAUUCGGUCCUGUAUAUGACGGAGGAUUCGGUGGAACACAUGAUGGUAGACCUGGUGGGGCAUAUGGUGUUGAACCUGGUGGAGCCUUUGAUGGAUCAUAUGGCAUUGGACCUGAUGGAGCAUAUGACGUUGUUCCUGGUGGAGCAUAUGACUUUGCACCUGGUGGAGCAUAUGGUCUUGUACCUGGUGGAGCAUAUGGUGUCAUGUUUGGUGGAUAUGGUUCAUUACCUGCCACUGGAGAUGGUGGAGGUGCUGGUGGAGCAUAUGGAGGUGGAUAUGGUGGAGAGAUUGGCGGUACAUAUGAUGGUAGACUUGAUGGAGCAUAUGAUGGUGAAUCUGGUGGAGCAUAUGGUGCAAGCAUGGGUGAAUAUGGUUCAUUAGGCGAUGGAGGAUUUGCAGGAAUAUACGCUGGUGGAUCCAGUGGAGCAUAUCUAGGAGGUUCUGGAGAUAGAUACGGUGUAGUAUCUGGAGGAGAAGGAUAUGGGGGAGAAUUCGGAGGUGGAUAUGGCGUAGUAUUUGGAGGUGGAUAUGGAGGAGAAUACGGCGGAGAACAUGGUGAAGCAUAUGGUGGAGGGCCUGGUGGAACAUAUAAUGGUGAAACUGGUGGAUCAUAUGGCAGUGGACUCGAUGGAACAUAUGGCAAUGGACUCGAUGGAACAUAUGGCAGUGGACCUGGUGCAUCAUAUUUCGUUGGACCAGGUGGAAUAUAUGGCGUAAUAUCCGGAGGUGGAUCUCGUGCAAUAGGAUAUGCUGUAGGAUCUGAAGGUGGUUAUGGUGGAGUCCAUGGAGGUGGAUUUGAAGGUGGAUACGGUGGAGAAUACAGUGGAGGAUAUGGUGGUGGACCUGGUGGAGCAUAUGGAGGUGAACCUGGAGGAGGAUAUGGCACAGUAUCUGGAGGUGGAUACGGCGGAGAAUCCAGUGGAGAAUAUAGAGCAGGAUUUGGAGGUUUUGGUGGAAAUUUCAAGGGAGGAAAUUACAAGGGAGAAAAUUACAAGGGAGGAAAUGGACAAGGAUAUCCCAGAGGACUUGUAGGACCAUAUGGCGCAAAUAAUGGCCUAUAUGUCGUAUUUGGAGGCUAUAGGGGUAAACAUGGAGAUAAUAGCGCAAGCGGAAAAGGAGGUGGAUAUGGCAUGUCUGGUGCUGGAGGUUACAUUGGAGGAUAUCGCAGUGGACAUGGAGAAGCAUCUGGUGCAGGUUAUGGAGCAAGCAGUGGUCAAAAUGGAUAUGACGAUGCUGGAGGUUAUAGUGGAGAAAUUGGAGGUGGAUAUGGAGGUUAUGACGUCACCAAUGACGGAGGUGAAUAUGGCAUGCCUAGUGAUGGAGGAUACGGUGGAGGAUUUGGCGGAGGAGAUGAUGAGGUAUCCGUUGGAGGAUAUGACGCAAGCAGCGGCGAAUUUGGAUAUCGCAGAUCUAGUACUGGAGGAUUUGGCGGUAAAUAUGGAAAAGCAUCUGGUGGACAUUAUGACAUAAGUAGAGGAGGCGAAGGUGGACAUGGCAUGUCUGGUGCUGGAAAAUAUGGCGGAGGAUUUGGAGGACACCAUGUUAGCACAUCCAGGGGAGUUUAUGACCCAAGCAGAAGAAGAGGUGGUUAUGGUUCGCCGAAUGCUGCACAAUUUGGUGGAAUAUAUGGCUAUGGAUAUGGCAGAGGAAGUGAACUGCAUGGUUUGCCGAAUGCUGCACGAUUUGGUGGAAUAUAUGGUUAUGGAUAUGGCAGAGGAAGUAAACUGCAUGGUACGGCUACUGCUGGAGCAUAUAGACCAGGCGGUGGUGGUGGAAGAUAUGGGCAAGUUGGAGCAUUUGGUGGAGGAUAUGGAGCAAGCGGGGGAAGGGUUGGAGGAUAUGGAAGAAGAUACAGAGCAAGGGGCAGCGCUGCUGGUGGAUAUGGUUUGUAG